GCACAAAACAAUUUUUUAUUCGAAUUUUUCGCAACUUUUAAGUGAUUUUCCACCAGAAUAUGGAGAAAAAUAAGGAAAAUCCGCUUGUUCCAUCAGAAGAGAAUAUCAUCGAAUGGUGUGAAAAAGAAGCGCAGCGGCUCGAGCGUAAAAAGUGUGAAGCUUCAGAACAUGUGAAGGAGGAGCAAAAACUCUCUGACGAUGACGAAAACGAUUUCCAUUUCGAGGAGUUGGAAUCUCCUCCACCACCCAGAGAACCUUCACCCAAAGCACAGGGCUCCCUGUACAAAUUCCCCGGAGAUCUACGAUAUUUCAAAGAAUUCAAGCAUCCAACAAUCCAGCAAAUGAUCUACAUUUCCGAGGAUUCUGGAUAUCGCUACGAGAGAGUUUUCAAUCGAUUCUGCGAACUUCGAAAGCUCCAAGGUCUAAAAUGCCUUCGAAAUGACACGUGUCGCCGGGUGGCCAAGUACUUUUCGCCGCUUACCGUCUAUGAUGGAGCCGAUGACGUUACAGCUCGCAAUUUAAUGCUCCAAUACUUCAAAAGAUUCAAUUACUCAGGGCCUUUGCCCUCUACUGGGUGUAUUCACUUAGUUGUAGAUCGCCUGGUCUUGCCGCCUGAUUUAAUUCGAGAUUAUUACGUGAAUUGGUACAAAUUCUCUGACGAUGACACCAAUGAUCAGAAUUCCCAAUUUGACAGCACUGAGUGGCCAUUUAAUGUGUCUGAUGAUUUCGAGGAUGGAAUGAUUCCUGCCGACAUGGAUACAGUGCAAAUAGACCAUGAUUAUGGAAAAUCGGAGCACGAAAAACGCGCCGAAAUCCUGAAAAUCAUUCGAGAUCGGCCGGAUAUGACUGUGGCGGAGGCGAUCAGCUUGUGCCCAAUUUACGGAGUCGAUUUGAGGGAAUUGCACGCAACAAUUCUCAAAUUUCAAGAGGAUGAGGAAGAAACCGACAAAACUCAGUCAGAAGCUGAGGGCGAAAAUUCGAUGGAUGAGGAGUUUGAGACGAUUCAACAAAAUUUCGAUGAUAAUGACGAUGAAGAGCUAUUCGUAGAUCACGAGGAAGAAGUGACAUUGGCCAAUGAAUUCCCUGCAAAAAAUAAUGAUUUUCCGUCGGAUUUUGAGCUUUUCAAUCGAAAUCGUCAUCCAACAAUUCAGGAAAUGAUUGGAAUUUCGUGCAGAACUGGCGUCGAUUAUUCGCGAGUUUUUCACCGUUUUCAAGAAUUUCGAGCAAUUUUAAAGGAACAGUGCCCCUCCACUGAUGAUCCGUGUCAAAAAGUGGCAAAUUUGUUCGCUGCUGCCGGCACAGCCGCUCAACCAGAACGCACGGAAAUCGGUGACUCGGUGAUGGAGAUUUUCGAGAUUCUCGGCUCGGCUGGACGUUAUCCAAAUGAAGGAUAUAUUCAUGUGGUGGCGGAAAAAUUGAAUUUGUCGCCUGGAACUGUUCGAAAGUGCUAUUCCGAUUGGCUUAAUCGAAAAAACGCCGAAAUUCAAUCUGGAAGUGGGGAAAUUCGCGUCUCGGGACAACUGAAUCGAGCGAAUCCUGAUGAAUAUCUUCACAUGCUAAAUUCGACAUUUCUGAAAAAUUUUGAAAAGCUCUCCAAUCUCGUCCAGGAGCCUCCACGCCGAUCUUUGAAAAGGAAACGGGUUUCUCAACGGGACGCCAACUUUUACUACUACGAGGACGAUGACGAACCAGAAUACAAAAAAGCAGAAACCGAAGACGAAGAUAUAGAUGUUGUAGGCCUAGAAGGCAUAGAUCAAAGCCUGCCAGGCCCCCACCGGAGCACCUAUAUGCGGAGUCACUCAUUCCCAGCAGAUCUCGAACUUUUCGAGAAAAACCGUCAUCCGUCGAUUCAGGAAAUGAUUCAUAUCUCCGAGUGUUUUGGAAUUUCCUAUGAAAAAGUUUUCAUUCGAUUCCAAGAUUUACGAUCGAUAGCUAAUGAGCACUGCGAGCCAGAAGAUAUUUGUGAAAAAGUCCGUAGAUUUAGUCAAAUGUACCCGAAAUUGUCGGGCAACCUUGACGAGAUUCCGGCUUUGCACGUGGAAUUUGAGAAGCUCGUGAGAUUCGGAGGCACCCAGCUGCCCAUUGGAUAUGUGCAUUUGGUUAUGGAGAAGGUUGAGCUCGAGCCACGUGUCAUUCGAGAGCAGUUUAUGGAAUGGUUUAGGCGGAGAACCAAGAAUCCGAUGUCCCGCCGAUCCUCAUCACAAUCAGCACAGCCUAAAAUUUGUCGAAAAUUCAAAAUUUCUAAAUAAAUUUUUUUUUGAAUUCCCCCCCCCCCCGUUCUCAUAUUUAUUGCCCCUUUAUCCCAUUUUUUUUGUUGAAAUUUUGAAAAUUUUUCCUCGUUUUUUCCCCAUUUUUCCUGUUGUUCUGCUACCUGGUUUAGAAAUUAUUCGAAAAAAAUUUUUUUUUUUCGAUUAUAAACAUCUCACGUUGAUCAUUAUAAUUUU